AUGUUAUGUGGGAACAUUCUGAAAUUUAACCAGGGGAGACAUUCUUAUGUAACCAAUAUCAGAACAAAUACUCUAGCAGAAAACAUUUUCAGGCUCUCCAUAAAUGCUGGGCAAUUCACAAGACCUUCCAACUUCAAGAAAGUCGAGAGAAGCAUUUUCAGUUCAAGUGGGACUACUUUUGAAGAUUUUGUGUUGAACCAUUGGGAGUUAUCUCCUUUGCUUAUGAGGAGGCCUUCAAAAGCUUUGACUAAAGAAGAUGAUAUUUUCAGUUCGUUUCUACAACAUCUUAGCUCUGAAGGAGUUCUUUCUUUUAUUCAUUCAAUCCUCCAAAAUCUUACUUCUUGUCCAGCAAUAGCUUCGGAUGAGCUAAAUGUCCUUAGUUUUCUGAAGGAGGUGGAAAAUCAUCUAGGAUGUCCCAUAAUUUACCAACAGGACAUUCGGGUCCUAAAAACAGAGCAUUCAGAAAGAGAGAUGCAUUACUUUCAGGAGUGUUUAGGGUCUAGUUGCUCCCAGGCUCCUCAUUUUCUCUAUAUGGACAAUGUUUUGAGAUGUAAAGAAGCAUACAAAGAGGGAUACACAAUUACACUGCGUGGCAUGGAGUUUCGCUUUGAAAGUAUUGCUGCUAUUGCGGAUGGGUUAGCAUCUCUGUUUGGUCAACCAUCGGCAGGUGUGAAUAUGUACCUGACACCACCUGAUUCUCAAGGUUUGGCUCGUCACUAUGAUGAUCACUGUGUGCUUGUGUGUCAACUUCUUGGAGUCAAAAAAUGGAAAGUUUUUCCUCAGUAUAGUCUCCAUUUACCUCGCUUGUAUGAACCUGUUGAUAGCCGGCAUGAUAUGAAGGUUGGAACUCCAAUAAUGGAUGGGACCAAACAGUUUUUGCUUAGUGAAGGCGAUAUUUUAUAUAUUCCUAGAGGUUUCCAUCAUGAGGCAUGUACUGUCAUCGAUAAUGACUGGCCCAAUGGAAUUGCUGGGUGCUCCUUACAUCUGACUCUUGCUAUUGAGGUUGAGCCUCCAUUUGAGUAA